UGUGCUGCGCGCCCCCCCCCUUCCCUCCGUUACCCGUGUUGUUACCGGUUAUUCUAAUCCGCCCCCUCCACCCGGUACCCGACGGUGACACCCUGAGGAUACACCGCUUACUGUGACAGUAAAGUGCUGGCUGAGCUUUAAACCCCGUGUGGUCGCUGGCAGCCCCGCUUUCCGAUAUGAAUGCAUGAAUCCUUCGGGAGGAUCUGAACGGAGGUCCUAUCGGGCGCCUUCCUCGCCCCGCCGCCGCCGCCCGGUAUCCCGGAGAGUAAGGAGCCAGGGGAUGAAAUGGGAACGGCGGGGGACGCCGAGCUUGGAUAAUAACGGAGAAAAUCGCCGUGGACGUGCGGCAGGACGGACUGCAUCUUGAACUGGAGAGCAUGCUGGACGUUGGGAAGUGGCCCGUGUUUGCCCUCCUGCCCCCAGAACAGCGGAAAGUCAUCAGACAGGCGUGUGUCUUUGGAAGUGCGGGGAACGAGGCGAUCUAUGUCACUAUAAAUGACGAGGUCUUUGCCCUGGGCACCAACUGCAGUGGCUGCCUGGGAGUGGGUGAUCUGCAGAGCACCAUUGAGCCCCGCAGAAUCGACAUCCUGUGCGGAAAGAAGAUUCUGUCCCUCAGCUAUGGCACGGGACCCCAUGUGGCCAUCGUCACUGCAGAUGGGGAGGUUUACAGUUGGGGCCACAAUGGAUACAGUCAGCUGGGAAACGGGACGACCAACCAUGGACUCUCGCCGGCGCAGGUCUCCACAAACCUGCUGAACAAGAAGGUCACGGAUGUGGCUUGCGGAUCACAUCAUACCAUUGCCCUCACCUCUGAGGGAGAGGUGUUUGCUUGGGGGUACAACAGCUCAGGUCAGGUGGGUUCUGGUUCCACGGCCAACCAGCCCACACCGCGACGGGUCAGCAGCUGUUUGCAGAACAAGGUGGUGGUCAGCAUCGCCUGUGGACAGUUGUGCUCCAUGGCCAUACUGGACAACGGGGAGGCCUACAGCUGGGGCUACAACUGCAACGGGCAGCUGGGCCUGGGAAACAAUGGGAACCAGCAAACACCUUGUCGCAUCGCCGCCCUGCAGGGCAUCAACGUGGUGCAGAUAGCCUGUGGCUAUGCACACACCCUGGCACUGACAGACGAAGGACUCAUCUACGCCUGGGGUGCCAACUCUUAUGGCCAGCUAGGUACAGGCAAUAAGAGCAACCAAGCUUGGCCAGUUCUCAUUAACAUGGACAAGGAGAGGAUGGUGGAAGUGGCAGCCUGUCACAUGAGCCACACGUCUGCAGCCCGAACCCAGGGUGGCCAGGUGUUCAUGUGGGGCCAGUGCAGGGGCCAGGUGGUAGUCAACCCUCAUCUCACUCACUUCACCAGCACGGACGACGUGUUCGCCUGCUUCGCCACGCCGGCGGUCACCUGGCACCUGCUCACUGUCGAUGGGGACGACCACCUGACCGUGGCACAGUCGCUCAAGAAGGAGUUUGACAGCCCAGAAAUCUCAGACUUGAAGUUCCUGGUAGACGGGAAGUGCAUCCAUGUUCACAAGGCCCUGCUUAGGAUAAGGUGUGAACAUUUCCGAGAACUGCUGAACGAGAGGGAUGGGGACUCCAUUGAGAUCCAGCAGUUCUCCUUUCUGGUGUAUCGUGCGUUCCUGGAGUACCUGUAUACAGACACCAUUAACCUACCACCAGAGGACGCUAUAGUCACCUCCCACCAUACCUCUCAAAUCUGUCCAGGUUUGUUGGACCUGGCCACCUUCUACAGGGAAGUCCGGCUGAAGCGAUUGUGCCAGGAAACCAUCAAAAGGGGAAUCUGCGAGGAGAACGCCAUCACUCUGCUGUCCGCUGCAGUCAAGUACGAGGCUCGGGAUCUGGAGGACUUCUGCUUUAAGUUCUGUAUGAACCACUUGACUGCCGUGACUCAGACGCAGGCCUUUGCUGACAUGGACCACGACCUGCUGAAGAACUUCAUCAGCAAGGCCAGCUUCUAUGGCGCCUUCAAGAACUGAGCUCUUCAAUUCACAGCGGCGAAGAGGCAGAAGGGUUAGACCGAGAUGAUGACACUGGAACCAGCUAACAGGAAUGGAUUCCAGUGCACUGCUGCCCCAGAUUCCAAAAACUGAGUAAAACAUUCAGCCUGCAGUGGGGAUCCUGAGAAGCACAUCGGGAGUCUUGUUACUAUUGGAAAUGAAAAUUACCGUGUGACACGCAAUGUCAGAAAUUAAUAUAGGUAUGUCUCCAGAAUUGAGGUGCACAGACCUUCUGGGGCUCUCAAGUCAGCAAUCAUGGUUGAAAAGCCAAUAAAUGCAAGAUCAGAUCUGACUAGAUUUCACACCACUGCAUGAUCACACCUGAAAAAGUAGCAUUUUUACUCAGGCACUGGCAAGCUAGGGUUAACAGGUGAUGGAACACAGAAGUCCAUACACUGACUCCGUAUAACAAAAUUAAAAUAAAAGUCCAUAUAACAAGUGCAUGUCAAUUCUUGUGAAAAAUUUAUAAAGAUUAUGCUUAGUUGCAGUGAAACUGUGUGGUCGCAACUGCGGUUGUCUGUCUAGACAGAAUUUGACAUGUAGGUGCCCCACUGGCAAAUAAUGGUUUGAAGAAAGUAAGGUUAGUUAGCUGAGGUUGGUGUGGCACUACAGUGGAAUAGCCUAGACUUUUGUUGUAAUGCAAGAGUUUGUUAUAUCCAUAAAUAAAUAUCAGCAUUAUGUAACGAAUAUGCUUUUUAAAAAAAAAAGAUUAAAAGAUUGUUGACAAAGAA